AUGCCUAAUAACCAAGUUGAAGGCAGUUGCUCAGUAUGCUCUCCAAAUGGCAGAUACUCUGUUAUGGUCUCUUCCCAGACACGCCAUAGACAUUUUGCAGAUCAUGUAGAAAGAAAUUUCCAAAGACAAUCUUUGUUACCUGCAGAAGCAGUAGACAUGGUGAAUGACAAUACUAAUAACAUGGAGAUUGAUGCUGAGACAAAUAUUUCUGAAGAUCUUGAAUUUGUUCACAACUUACCCAGUUCUAACGAUGAGAAUUUGUCCAACCCUUAUGAAUUCAAUAACAAAUCUGAAAACAUUGAAGAUUAG